AGGAGUUACAGAGAGGAGAUACAGAGAUGAGACACAGAGAGGAGAUACAGAGAGGAGAUACAGAGAGGAGAAGACAUUUAGACAUUCUGACAUUACACUCCAAAUGCAAGAGAUGCGUCUAAAUCUCUACCAACCCUUAUAUCUGACGGGCACUCUACCCAGUAAACAUGGAUAUGGGAGAGGCAGCCAAUGAAAUGCCUUUGUUUAAACCAAAGAGCGACUGUGGGUGGUUAGAUCAGCCGUCCUUAACAAAGAGCCCUCCCCUGCCAGCGCGUUAGGCUGUCCGUUCAGCAAGCCCAUCCUGGACAGCUCCAGUGUCCUAAACAGAAUACGUAGGAGGAGGAGAGGGCUCGGACAUGGAUCUAGGAAGACUCAGCACUGGCCCGUCUGAUAGAGAUCGGUAAAAAAAAAAAAAAGAUUUAUAUUUAAAAUAAAAAAAAACCGAGAGGCCUUAGAGAAAAGAAACCGAAGGAAUUAGCAAAACCCAUCCCGGCACAAAAUAUUAAAUUGAUCAAUGGACUGAAUGAGGGCUGAAUGAAGACUGCCUAUAACGCCUAUCGAUGCCUGUCCAAGGAUCUGGAUGCCUACGCCAUGAACCCAGAGAUGACAAUGGACAGCAUUGGCAAUCUGCAUGGCGGACUGAGCCACGACCAGGACUUGAUGAACAGCCACAGCCCCCAUCACACCCGGAACGCGGGGGCUUCUUUGCGGUUACAUCAGGAUCUGGCUGCUGCAUCGUCGCGGUCCGCCAUGGUGUCCAGCAUGGCAACGAUUCUGGACGGAGCCGGAGAGUACCGACCAGAAUUGUCUCUCCCGCUCCAUCACGCUAUGAGCAUGCCGUGUGAUACAUCCCCACCGGGGAUGGGUAUGAACGGCACAUACACCACGUUAACUCCACUUCAACCUUUACCCCCAAUUUCAACCGUUUCGGACAAAUUCCACCAUCCGCAUCACCAUCACCAUCACCACCAGCGUCUCUCUGGGAACGUAAGCGGGAGUUUCACGCUGAUGCGGGACGAGAGGUGUUUACCAGCAAUGAACAACCUCUACAGUCCCUAUCAUAAGGACAUGACCGGGAUGGGUCAGAGUUUAUCCCCCCUGGCCAGCAGCCCUCUUGGCAAUGGCUUGGGUUCUCUUCAUAAUACACAGCAAAACCUCCAUAACUAUGGCACUCAUGGGCACGACAAGAUGCUAAGCUCCAACUUCGAUGCCCACACUGCCAUGCUGUCCAGGGGUGAUCAACACCUCUCACGAGGCCUCGGUGGCCCCACGGCAGGUAUGAUGCCGCAUUUGAACGGGAUGCACCACAGUGGGCACCCGGGCCACCCUCAAUCCCACGGGCCUGUGUUGGCUUCCAACCGGGACAGACCGCCCUCCUCCUCGGCACAACAAGGUAACAACUCGGGGCAGCUUGAAGAGAUCAACACCAAAGAAGUGGCACAAAGGAUCACAGCUGAACUGAAGCGGUAUAGCAUCCCCCAGGCUAUAUUCGCUCAGAGGGUGCUGUGUCGCUCGCAAGGCACCCUUUCAGACCUCUUAAGGAACCCCAAACCUUGGAGUAAACUUAAAUCUGGAAGGGAGACCUUUCGAAGGAUGUGGAAGUGGCUGCAGGAACCCGAGUUUCAGAGGAUGUCAGCCCUACGGCUUGCAGGUACCAGUAGAGAGCACGCCAUGAUUGGGUCAAAUGGGAUGCAUUGUCAGACACUGACAACAUUGUGCACAGGGACUCAAAACUAUGCGUGCAAAAGAAAAGAACAAGACCCAAGCAAGGAAAGGAACAAUACACCAAAGAAAUCCCGGCUGGUUUUUACUGACCUGCAACGUCGCACCCUGCUGGCCAUCUUCAAGGAGAACAAGCGUCCGUCCAAAGAGAUGCAGAUGACCAUCUCUCAGCAGCUGGGACUGGAACUCACCACCGUCAGCAACUUCUUCAUGAACGCCCGCAGGCGCAGCCUGGACAAAUGGAUGGACGAGGGGAGUCCGGGAGGAGCCUCCACAGCCUCCAGCUCUUGUACCAAAGUGUGAUGGAUAGGGGGGGGGGGGGGAG